AUGAGAAACAGACACGAAGCAAAGUUCGCCCACACUUGUCAAAACCGCACACAGGAGCUUGAAGUUCCGGAUCGACUCGCGCGCUGCAAGGAGACCAUGUAUGGGCGGAUGUGGAACUUCACUUCAGAUUUUUCUCGUGGAGAUACAGCCUACACGAAGCUGGCACUGGACCGCCACACCGACACGUCAUACUUUCAAGAACCCUGCGGCAUCCAGGUGUUUCACUGUCUGAGACAUGAAGGAACGGGUGGCAGAACUCUGCUGGUGGACGGUUUCCACGCCGCUGACGAGGUCCUCCAGCGAACGCCCGAGAACUUUGAGCUGCUUUCCCACGUGCCCAUCAAACACGAGUAUGUGGAGAACCUGAGUGAGCAUCGCAACCACAUGAUCGGCAUCGGCCCCGUGCUCAACGUCUAUCCGUGGAACAACGAGGUUUACAUGAUUCGGUAUAAUAACUAUGACCGUUCUGUUAUUAACACAGUCCCUCAUGAUGUGGUGCGGCGCUGGUACACGGCUCACAGGCAGCUCUCCGCUGAACUCAGGAGACCAGACAACGAGCUGUGGGUCAAACUCAAACCAGGGAAGGUAUGCAGUACAUCUCCACGAAAAUGAUCUAAGAACAUGCCA